GAGAUACAGGAGAAACAGAUCUCUUCCUGUUUCUCCCUCAAAUAUAGAUCUGGGCUUUCUUGAUUUUUCUGUGGAAAUGGAAUCUGUGGAUCGUGAAAGAGCAGGGCUCAUUGCUCGUGGCUGGAGGUGGCCAUGGGGUUUGAUUGAGAAGUUUAGGGAUAAGAUGGUAGAGGCUGCAAGGAAGGCAAAGAAACUUGGGCAGGAAGAUCCCAGAAGGAUUAUCCAUUCUCUAAAAGUGGGUCUUGCUAUCACCUUGGUCUCAUUGAUCUACUACUUUAACCCUGCGUAUGGCGAUUUUGGGGUGUCUACAAUGUGGGCUGUUCUAACUGUGGUGGUAGUCUUCGAAUUUUCGGUAGGAGCAACGCUUGGAAGAGGUUUGAAUAGGGGGUUGGCCACAUUGUUGGCUGGUGCUCUAGCUGUUGGUGCUCAUUACUUGGCACAUUUACCUGGCAGGCCAGCUCAGCCCAUAAUCCUGGGUAUCUUUGUUUUCCUUGUGGCUGCGGCACUGUCAUUCCUAAGAUUUUUCCCUAAAUUGAAGGCGCGAUACGAUUAUGCCUUGCUGAUAUUUAUAUUGACGUUCAGUUUGGUAUCUGUAACUGGUUAUCGGGAUGAAGAGGUGUUAGAGUUGGCCCAACAUAGGCUCUCAACCGUCCUCAUUGGUUGCGCCACGGCUAUGCUUGUAUCCAUAGGCAUCUGCCCAGUGUGGGCUGGCUAUGAUCUUCACAAGCUGGUUGCUGGCAACGUUGAAAAGCUUGGGAACUUCUUAGAAGGAUUUUCAGAGGAAUAUGUUAGGGUCUUGGACGAUGGAGAAUCCAAGGAUAACAAAACAUUUCUUCUAGGAUAUAAAAGUAUUCUGACUUCAAAAAACACUGAAGAUUCCUUGGCGAAUUUUGCAAGAUGGGAGCCUGGUCAUGGUCGUUUCAGGUUUCGUCAUCCUUGGAAACAAUACCAAAAGAUUGGAUCCCUAGCUGGCCAAUGCGCCUAUCGCAUUGAAGCUCUUAGCAGCUACCCUCACUCCCAUAUCCAGGUCCCCACAGAGAUCCAAAGCAAAAUUCAAGCGGCUUGCACAAAUAUGAGUACGGAAUCCGGAAAAGCUUUGAAGGAACUAGCAUCUGCAAUCAAAAGUAUGACAAAACCAUGCUCUGUUGAUCCCCAUAUUGUAAACUCAAAAAUUGCUGCCGAAUCCCUCAAAUCGUUGCUCGAAACUCAUUUUUGUGAAGACGUUGACCUUCUUGAGCUAAUGCCAACCGCUGUAGUAGGUUCAUUACUGGUAGAAGUCAUCACUUAUGUGGAGGAAAUUGCUGAGUCUGUUCAUGAACUAUCCUCACUUGCCCAUUUCAAGGAUGGCAAACCCGAGCCCGAGCCCGAGCCCGAGCCUGAGCCCGAACCCAAACCCACACUCGAGCAACCACAACAACUUCAGCAAACAAUUCAAAAAUUCUCUGGCAUGGACGGACCUCAUCAUAUCAUUACAAUUAAUGGGUUAUUGUCCAUUAAAGCAAGUGGAACUGUCGUAAAUGUUACAAGCACAGACGUUACAAAGGGCUCCAAAACUAAAUCAAACGAGCGGCAGAUGCGGCAUGUUUUUUCAUUCUAAGGCAAAGGAUUAUCAUUAUCUUCACUUUUGAGUUCUGUUUCGAAAGUAAACUGCAUUGAGGAUUUGAUUUUACACUUACAAAGUGAGCGGCUUUGUGCUUUGCUUUACUUUAUCUUUGUUGAAAAUUAUUUGUAAAAUAUUACUUAUUCUUUGAUAUCAA